AUGACCCCCCACGCCAUCCCAAACGGGAAAAAAUCCGAUUCGGAGGCGAGUGACGCCUCCUCCCACUCCCUCACGGGGUCUCCCUUUGGCGCCUCUUUGGACCCUCACAUGUUGAAAAAUUCCACUUACACUACCCCAGUCACCAUCAUCAGCCAGUCUGUGUAUGCUUUGGCCAGCACUAUCUUCUCUUAUGAGACUGUGGGUGUUCCUAACUUGCUCGAUUCUCAUUUACAGCUUUGGGCCCAGCACUUUGAGAGACAAAACGUCGUGGGAGUGGUUCCUCCAUUUCACAGGUUUCAGCCUAGAGCCGGCUCUGCCAACGCUCUCUUGGGCUAUGCCGCUAGCAACGUGUCCUCCACUGGACCACAUACUGCUGUGUUGGGCGCCAACGCCUUGCCAUGGAUGCAGCCCACUUUGGCCAAGGCUGCAAAAUUGCCGUUGACCUUGAACGUUUCCGCUAUCGACUUUGAUGUGGAAACAAACUCGUUGGUUUCAAACUAUACGACUCCUUUGGCAACUGCUCGCUCCACGGGUAUCCCUGUGGUGGCCCCGGCGGACUCGCAGAGCGCCGUGGAGUUGCAGUACAUCACCAUCUUCACUCACUUUGUGGCUACUUUGCUUCAGGGACCAGCCUUGCACGUUUUCGACGGUCCUGAGUUUGCUAAAGCGAUCUCCAAGUUCGAUGACAUCUUGUCUGUGACCGAUGUGGGCCGCUUAUACCAGCAAUUGGUGUCUUCGAUUCCCGACGGCGACUAUUCUUUGGAAAAGGCAGUGGACACAGCAUUCGAAGUGUUCAACAAAGUCGCUGGUACAAAUUUGACUCCGUUCGAGUAUGUGGGCCAUGCUAACCCUGAAACCGUUUUUGUCGCUUUUGGUGCUCACCAGGCUACUGAGCUUGCUGGUGUCAUCUCCAAGGCCUCGGUUUCCUCUCCUGUUGGUUUGGUUAAGGUCAGGGUUCCUUUCCCAUUUGCUCAAGAACACUUCGUGGCUUCUGUGCCUUCGUCUGCACGCAAGGUUGUUGUGGUAUCUUCGGAUGCUGGCUCAACCUUGAAGGCUGACGUUGCUGCUUCGUUGUUCCUCGCUGGCCGUUUCGGUUCCGUUUCUGUGGAGGAGUUUGUCCACCCAGCCAACUUUGUGUGGGCGCCAAUCCCAGCAUUAAAGGUGAUUUCAGAGUAUGAAGCAUCCGUUGAUCCUGCUGUAGUGUUGGCUUCAACUCCCGUGGAGCCACCUGCUCAUGUCACCGCCAACACCUCCCCAGAAGGUUCCUACUUAUUGUGGGCCCGUGACAACAGUAACCUUGUGAACACUGCUAGCAAGUUGGCUCUUUCUUUGUCUUUGGACGAUACGAAAAAGGUCAGCCUCAGAAACAAGUUUGAUACAACUGCCGCUGGUGGUAUUUUGCAGUCUCAAGUUGUGAGUGCUUCGAAGAGCUCUACGGUCUCCAAUAGUGUCGAUGCUGCUGAUGUCGUGUUGAUCGAAGACGUUUCCAUCUUGAACCACUUUGACAUUUUGGCUACCGCCAAGCCUGGUGCUAAGAUUCUUUUGGCAAACCACAAGAAGAUCAACAACUCCAUAGAGCAAGAUUUCGUUGAAAAGUUGCCUCUUGACUUCAAGCGCACUUUGGCUAGAUCCAGAUCGUCGUUGACUGUAAUAGAUUUCUCUCUUGUUGAGGAUUUAGAUGCUGUGAGUGAUUCUACCAGAGGCUUCUCUGCUGAUUUCUUGACUCAAGUUGCUUUCUGGAGAGCCUCCUUGCCAGAGUUGGGCGGUUUUGUUGUCAAUAAGUUGUUGCAAGCUAAUGGCAAUGAGUUUGAGUUGUUGGCUGCCGUUUUGGACAAGUUCGUCGCUACCGUCGAUGAAAAGAGGGCUUUGAAGGAUGUCGAAAUCCCAGAAGAGUGGAUUGACUUGGAAGACGUUGUUCCAGAGGCCCAAGAGGAAGUUGAAGAAGUCGAUGAGAAAGUUAAAGAGGAAGACCGUAAUGGCAACGCCAAAUCUGAAAAGGAAGGCGAGAAAAAUGUCGAAGAACCUAAGCCCUUGCCAUUCUUCCCCAAUGAGUCGUCAUUUUUCCCUAACCCUAGAAUCGAGGAAUUUGGUGCAGAAGAGAGCUAUACGAAGAGCAAGUUUGAUGCUGCUCUUAAGUUCGCUUUCCCCGAGGCUUAUGGUGUUAAGAAGGAUUUGAGGCCAGACUUGCCAGUCAAUAACUUCGUGGUGAAGGUACAAGAGAACAAGAGAUUAACCCCAGCGGAAUAUUCGAGAAACAUCUUCCACAUUGAGUUUGACACCACCGGCACUGGCAUGAAAUAUGAGAUUGGUGAAGCCUUGGGUAUCCACGGACGUAACAACGCUGACGAGGUGGAAUCCUUCUUGGAGUUUUACGGUGUUGAUGGCGACUCAUUGGUCGAGGUCACGAACAAAGACGAUAUCUCCCUUUUGGAGAUUAGAUCUGCUAGACAGGCCUUGACUGAGAAUGUUGAUUUCUUGGGUAAGCCUCCAAAGCGUUUCUACGAAUCCCUUGCUGAGCAUGCCACAGACGAAAAGGAGCGUUCUGCUUUGGAGAAAUUGGCCAGUGCUGCUGGUGCUGAAGAGUUGAAGAAGAGACAAGAGGUCGAUUUUGCCAGUUAUGUUGACAUCUUGGAGGAGUUCCAGUCUGCCAGACCACAGUUUGGCGAAUUGGUCAAGAUGAUUGCACCAUUGAAGAGAAGAGAAUAUUCUAUUGCUUCUUCUCAAAAGAUGCAUCCCAACUCAGUUCACUUGUUGAUUGUUGUUGUCGACUGGGUCGACAGCAAAGGCAGAAAGCGUUUUGGUCACUGCUCAAAGUACUUGUCUGAUUUGAGAAUCGGUGACGAAUUGGUCGUUAGUGUUAAGCCAAGUGUCAUGAAGUUGCCUAAGUUGCCUGAACAGCCAAUCGUGAUGUCCGGUUUGGGUACUGGAUUGGCUCCUUUCAAGGCCUUCGUUGAGGAGAAGAUCUGGCAACAACAGCAGGGCCAUAAGAUUGGUGAGAUCUACUUGUACAUGGGUUCUAGACACAAGAAGGAAGAAUACCUUUAUGGUGAAUUAUGGGAAGCUUACAAGGAAGCCGGCGUGUUGACUCACAUUGGUGCAGCGUUCUCUCGUGACCAGCCAGAGAAGAUCUACAUUCAAGACAAGAUUCGUGGCUCUAUUGAGGAGUUGACCGAUGCUAUUGUCAAGAAAGAGGGUUCCUUCUACUUGUGUGGUCCUACCUGGCCAGUUCCAGAUAUCACUGCCUGUUUGGAGGACAUUGUUCAAAAUGGUGCUAGAAGAGAAGGCAAGGAGAUCAAGGAUGUUGCCAAGGUUGUUGAGGACAUGAAGGAAGACGGCCGUUACAUCUUGGAGGUGUACUAA